AUGUGUUGUUUAAACUCCCAUUGGUGCUGUGUGAUUCUGAUGACGAUAGUGUAUCUCGACUCCUUUAAACUGCUCUCUUUCGGGAUUAAAAACAACUUGGGUAAAUACCUUGGCAUCCCCAUCCUUCAUGGUCGCGUAACUAGAAAUGCGUACUCACACAUUGUUGACAAGGUGGAAUCGCGUUUAGCCAAGUGGCGUAUGAAUACGUUUUCGAUGGUGGGCAGACUCACCCUUACCCAAACAGUGCUAAGUACGUUGCCUUAUUAUUCCAUGCAAGCUGCCUGUUACCAUGUGCCACUAUCGAUGGUCCUGAGCGAAAGAGUCGUGCCUUUGUACGGGGCUGUUCAGCGGAGAGUCGUGCCUUAUUAUUUUGUGGUUGCUGGCUUUGUUCCGUUUGGGUUUGUUGUGGGUUGCUGGUUGUAG